AUGGUUGAUAACAUUGGAGGUAGUGGUUCUUCUAAUAAUGAAGGCAUCAUCAAGGAGCAAGAUCGGUUGCUGCCAAUAGCCAAUGUUGGUAGGAUCAUGAAGCAGAUUCUUCCUCAGAAUGCGAAAAUCUCGAAGGAGGCGAAGGAGACGAUGCAGGAGUGCGUGUCGGAGUACAUUAGCUUCGUGACGAGCGAGGCGUCGGAGAAAUGCCGGAAGGAGAGGAGGAAGACUGUUAAUGGUGAUGACAUUUGUUGGGCGCUCGCAACGCUCGGUUUUGAUGACUAUGCCGAAGGGAUGAGAAGGUAUUUACAAAGGUAUAGAGAGUUAGAGGUUGAUAAUAAUAAUCAAGAGAGAGGGAAAUAA